AUGAAGAAACCACCACCUACACCUCUACAAAAAGCCGAGACUAACACUACAUUUUUCUUAGAGACCCUCGUUCCAUUCCUCUUCGCUGGACUUGGCCUUAUUUUUGCUGGACUUUUGUUGGAAGAUGCGGAAACGUGGACAUUUUUUACGGAAUUGCCAGACGCUGUCACUCUUGUGCCAACUCUUGUUGGUCUUAAGGGAAAUUUGGAGAUGACCUUAGCUUCAAGGCUAUCUACAUUGGCAAAUCUUGGUUUUAUGGAUACCAACAAGCAGAAGUGGAAAGUCGCUUCAUCAAACAUGGCAUUAAUCCAAGCCCAAGCAAUAGUGAUAUCCUCAGUAGCUGUAAUUCCUGCAAUUUUUCUCGGAGAAAAGCCGUUUGCUCUUGCUGACUUCUUUUGCAUAUUACUAUCCGCCGUUGCGACAGCUUCGCUCGCUUCAUUAUUAUUAGGAAUUCUCAUGAUUGGUGUGGUUAUCAUGGCGAAAAAGUUCAAGUUUGCUCUUGCUGACUUCUUUUGCAUAUUACUAUCCGCUGUUGCGACAGCUUCGCUCGCUUCACUACUAUUAGGAAUUCUCAUGAUUGGUGUGGUUAUUAUGGCGAAAAAGUUCAAGGUAUCUCUUUUUUUUUAAAC